AUGGCCGACAAGCGCAAGUCGCCUCCGCCGGCCUCGACCACCCAGCACUCGCUCAUCAAGCGUCAAAGGCACGACGACGGCAGCGCAUCAGACGCACACAAGCAGAUCGCCAUCGCCUCGUCCAACGACGGCUCCAACAAGGGCCUCGUACGCACCGUCAAGCGCACAUCCAGCCUCUCGAGCCCCAUCCUCGGCCUCACCGGCGCACACGGCCAAGAGAUCCUCGACGUCCGCUUCUCGCCCGACGGCGCAACCAUCGCAGCCGCCGCAGCAGACCGCACAAUCUCGAUAUGGAACACCUACGGCAACAACGAAAACAUCGGACAGCUCCUCGGACACUCCAAGGCCGUCACGUGCCUCUGCUUCUCGACCACCACGCCCGGCACCCUCUACUCGGGCUCGGCAGACGGCACCCUCAUCAGCUGGUCGCUCAAGACGGGCGAGAAGCAGCGCCGCCUCCGCGGCCACCGCGGCAUCGUAAACUCGAUCGCCUCGACGCGCUCGGGCACCGAGAUCCUCGUCAGCGGCGGCGACGACGGCAGGGUGAUGCUCUGGGACCCACAGGACAAGCAGGCGCUCGACGUCCUCAACGUUGGGUACCCCGUCACCGCCGUCGCCUUUUCCGACGACGCCAGCCAGGUCUAUGUCGGUGGGCUGGACAACGACAUCCACAUCUACGACCUCUCGCGCAAGCAGAUCGUCUUUAGCCUCCGCGGCCACCUCGACACCAUCACCUCGAUCGCCCUCAGCCCGUCCGGAUCCCACCUCCUCUCGACGUCGUUUGACGACACGUUACGCAUCUGGGACGUGCGCCCCUUUGCGCCCGAACCGGCACCCGGCGCAGAAAACGCCGCCAACCCGCGCCUCCACCGCACGCUGCGCGGCACCACGUUUGGCGGCUUCGAGAACCUCCUGGUCAAGGCGGGCUGGAGCAGCGACGGCGAAAAGGUCGUCGCCGGCGGCGCGGAUCGGACGUGCACCAUCUGGGACGUCGAAUCUUCAGCCAUCCUCUACAAGCUGCCCGGCCACCGCGGCACGUGUACGGCAGCGGCGUACCAUCCAAAAGAGCCGAUUGUCGUCUCUUGCUCGACCGACAUGACGAUCCUCCUCGGCGAGAUCGACCCAUAA